AUGAGACAUGCGUCCCCAAAGUCAAGCCUUCUGUCAGGAACCCAUGUGCAAACCUUACCUCCCGUUACAAAUCAUUUCCAUUUUUGCCCCCUUCUUCAGCUUCUGCAAUCAAUUUCGAUUCCCAACCCAUUCCAACGACUCCUCUGCAAUUACCCUCGUCAAACCGUAGCAAUCGGCGAGCUGCGACGUCGCGACCGGAUCCUCUGCCUGAGAAAAACCAGAUCCGUCACUUCGCUUUGCAUCCAGGGCUUCGAUCCAGAAAGGGGAUCUCCGGCACCGCAACCGGCUUCCACCGCGCAGAUCUGUCCGGAUUCCAUGGACCACGAAUUCUCGCCGUGGCAACCUUCACCGAACCAAACGCAGUUCACAAGUCCCUGCCCACAAGAUUUCCACCCUCCUUCUUCCAAGCCGCAGGCAGCCCCGGGCAUGGUGCGGAAGACUGCGAGAUGGAACCAGCUGGAGCACAAAGCCUUCAUUGACACUUGCGAACUUGUCAUAGCUGAGGGUCACCGACGAGGCAAAUGCUUCUCCUCGAAAGGAUGGCAACGAAUAUCAGACCUGUUCAACUCGUCGACGGGGAAGGACUGGACGACAACGCAGAUGAAGAACUACUGGAAUAAACUGCGCACGGAUCACAAACUUCUGUUUGAGUUGUUGCGAUGCACUGGAAUUGAGUACUGCUCGGGUACGGGAAGAAUUCACGCCGCUGACCAUUGGUGGGACGCAAAAGUGAAGGAGAACCCAAAGUACGCGAAGUACAGGAACUUCGACUGCAGCGAGAUUUAUGACACGUACGAUAGCGACAGAGAGUAUGGAGGUGACAAGUUGCCCAUAAACGCGGAAGCCACAGAUUCAAGUGGCAGCCCAGUCGAAGGUCGAACACACUCCUCCAUGAAUAUAUCAGCACACCACAGUGGCGAUAAAAGAAAAAACAGGCAAAGGAAGGGGAAAGCAAAGAAGAAAAUGUUUGGCGCACGAGAAGUUUCGGCUUCUCUUGAACAGAUGGAAGGUGAUCGGCUCCACCUCUUCGCCUUAUGGUUCCUCCGGGACAAAGACAAUCGGAACUCCUACUGUGCUGCGAAGACACCUGACAUGAGAUUUAAAUUCAUCGAGUACUGUUACGAGCGAGACAAUAUGUCCAUUAAUCGUAAGGAUUGA